CAGCGGCCUCUGCUCUCAUAGGAUCGUUUCCUUUGCAGGUUUUUUCUCUCAGUGCACAUCGGUUCUUACUCCCUGGCUGGGGAAAUCACCUCUUGCCAGUGGAGUCGUUAGUGGAUUAAUAAGUGUUAGUUUUAUUAACCCUUACCUUCCCACACUAUUAUUAGAGGCAGGCUGCAGCCAAACAGCAUUAUGCCCAAUACCGAUUUCAGUGGGCAGGGCCCAGUGGAGGAUGACAUUCCCCAUGUGGAAUUAACCCCUUCUGGGGAGGAUUGCCAAUCAGUGUUGGCUCCUACAGGUAGUUCCCUGGCUUUUCAGUCAACCCUGUCUGAUGCCAUUGCAGCGGCUAUGGGUUCAAUGACUUCGGUCAUUUCCCAGACUAUCGCUCAGGCCCUUGCUGCCCAUCCAGCUGCCUCUCCUACCCCGCAGCCCGCUAUGGUUCCUAAACCAGCCGGGCCAGGGCCAGCCUCCAGAAAAAGAAAUAAGAAGGGUGAUGAUGUUUCCACCAAUGUUGGCGCGCCUGGUCCACGCAAGAGAGCCUGUACGCGUCAGGCAGAACGUACGCGCAAUUGGAAAAGUGCUAGAGCACUGCAAGAUUUGGAAUCCGACUCUGAGAUCGGAUCCGAGGAGGAGGCUUUAGAUGACGCCUUUGAGGAGGCAGAGGAGGACCCAUCAGGGGUCAUGGAUGAUAACCCCCUACCCGGGUGUAGCUCCCUAACGUCUGUUGCAGAAGGUAUGCCUGCAUCUUUGACGGAUCCGUCUGGGGAACCCUUGUUCGAUCCAGAUUCGCUCCACCACCCCCGCUCGGCUGAGUGGUUACCGUUGGAGCACGUUUCCAAAUAUUUGGAGGCUAGAGUGCGAUGUCCUCUUUCCAAAGAGGCUCGCAAUAAGCUUAGGGCGGAAUGCCCCAGACCUGUCAUCCCUAACAGGGUAUGCGAGACUCCGGCGGUCGAUCCCAAAAUGACGCAGUUCCUCUCCAAAUCCGAUUGGAACCCGCGUAGGGGUCUGGAGUCGGCGCUACGGUCCUGCCAGGAUAAACUCCUGGACAUAUUUGGCCCGCUAGCUAAGCUAUUUGACCUGGCGGAGGUCGCUAAAGCCGAGAACAAACAGGUUGAUCCGCUAGAGUUGCGCGAAUGGGUACAAAGGGCCAUUUGCGUAGCUGGGAACGUGAAUACGUCCUUAGCCAUAGAGAGGCGAAAGGCCAUUCUCUUCAAAAUUGAGCCAAAAUUGGCUAACCUAGCUCUUACGGAGGCUGGAAAGGAGGCCCAGGGCCUUUUAUUUGGAGAACCUUUCAUUAAGGACCUCGGGAGGUUUGUGGGGGCUUUUACGGCCCUAGACAAGGCCCAAUCCUCUAUGAAGAGGGUUUUUCACGGUAGGGUCUCUACCAGGGCCGGCAGCUUCAGGGGCCGCCUGUCCGGCCGUGCCCAGUUUCAGUCCCGUGGUUCGGGCCGAGGCUCCUUCUCCCAGAGGUCUUCCUUCCAGGAGCACAGACGAGAACAGUCUUCGUUCUUCCCUUCACGAGGAAGCUCCUGGCGUCCAAGAGGAUAUCGAGGGAAUCCGUCUUCUAGACGUCCCUACGGUUGAGUUCGGCCUAUUCGGUGGUAUCCGUUGGUCUACGUCCUGGUUCGGAGGGUCGGCAGUUUGAUUCCAGCCGAUCAUGUGAUGUGGACGGCUUCAGGAGAUUCUUCAGCGUUGUUCCUGUUGUUCCAGUUCGCUUCCGGAUGGAUGGCGCUUUGUUCCCAGGCUGUUCCGGUUCCUGGUUGGCGGUUCAGUUGGACUUUUUCGUGUUUGGACUUAC